AUGUCCCCGCGCCGGGACAGCGUCGUUGACGUCACCGAUGGCACCAAUACAGUCACACCCGCUACAGGCGAACCCGCUUCGCCGUCCCGCGCGAGCAGCGCGGACGGCAGUAGUUUCCAAGCGAGCGGGUUUCACGGUCAGGGGGAAGGGCACUCAGCACACGAGGGAUACGACGGGUACGAUAGUCACGGGGGGCAUAGCGGGAAUGGGGGGCAAUUCUCCGCUCCCCAGCUUCCGCCACCGCCCGGACGAUCCGCGUUCAAGAAAGCGCCUUCAAUCCGCUACCCCGUUGCGCAGCGGGGCGAAGCGAGUAGUGACAGUAUUGGGGCCGGGAGCAUGUCGCCUAAAACUCCCCAGGCGGUCGCUUCUGCGACUAUACCGGAAGCGGAGAACGAGGGCGUUUCGUCUAUAGAGGAGAGCGACGCGGGAAUGGGAAGCGCGCGACGGUCGGAAGAGGUGUCGAGUCGACACGGGGGGAAGGCUGGCGGAGCGGCAGCGUCGGGGUGGGUUGGCGGAGCGUUCGUAGGCGCGGCAAUCGGCGGAAGGGUUAGCGGAAGCCAGGUGGCGCCGUAUCCCGAAGGGGAGGAGGGGGAAGCGGAGGGGGAGUACGAGGGGGAAUAUCGGAUGGCGGAGGGGGAGUAUGGAUACGCGGAGGGGGAGGAUAUGGGGGGAGAUGACGAUAUGUACAAAGACGUGAUUGUAGACGAUAUGCCUUUAGAGGAGGGGAUGGAGGAACGGACAGGCGUGAUGAAUUAUGAGAUGAGGGAGAGGCCCGAGGCCGGGUGGAUGGUGGCGUACGCGUUACAGCACAUGGUCGCGCUUAUAGCAAACGUGAUUGUGUUCCCGAUGAUACUCGUCCCCGCUAUGGGAGGCUCCGACCUCGACAAGGCGGCGGUGAUUCAAUCGGUGAUGAUGGUGACGGGCGUGGCGACCACGCUCCACGUGCUGCUGGGCACGCGUCUGCCUCUCGUGCAGGGUUCCUCUCUCGUGUACUUGGCACCGGCUAUCAUCGUCGCCAACUCGCCUCACAACCUCACCGCCGAUCCCUCACAGCGGUUCUCGUUGACAAUGCGGGAGACGAUGGGGGCAGUGAUCGUGGCGUCGCUGCUGCAAGUCGUUGCCGGCUACUCGGGCUUCAUGUCGCUUCUUAUAGAGCUCAUCAACCCAGUGGUGGUGGCACCAACCAUAAUGGCCGUGGGACUCUCCUUCCUCUCCUAUGGCUUUCCGGUCAUCGGCCGCUGUGUGGCCAUCGGCCUGCCUGAGCUCAUCCUAAUCGUCAUCUUCGCACUGUACCUGCGCCGAGUGUCAUUCUGGGGCUCAAGGUUCUUCCAGAUCCAUGCGAUCUCCCUAGGCCUGGCCAUCACAUGGCUGUACGCGCUAGUGCUCACCCUAGCAGGCGUCUACAGCUACCCCGACUGCUCGCCCUCGGCCAUCUACCCCUCCUCCUCCCCCUGCGCCGAAAGGCAAUCCCUCAUGGCCUCCUGCCGAACCGACGCCUCCAGCCUGGCCAUCACAUGGCUGUACGCGCUAGUGCUCACCCUAGCAGGCAUCUACAGCUACCCCGACUGCUCGCCCUCGGCCAUCUACCCCUCCUCCUCCCCCUGCGCCGAGAAGCAAGCCCUCAUGGCCUCCUGCCGCACCGACGCCUCUAGCGUUCUGGCGGACGCCAAGUGGGUGGCGCCCCCGUACCCGUUUCAGUACGGCAUGCCCAUCUUCCGAUGGGAGUCCAUUUGCGUGAUGCUGCUGCCUGCCCUCAUAUCGACCAUCGACUCGGUCAGCAACUACCACGCAACUUCCCUGCUGGUAGCCGUGCGCCCCCCCACAGGCGGGGUGGUGGGGCGAGGCAUAGGCAUGGAGGGCAUAGCGAGCGUGCUGGCAGGGAUGUGGGGCACGGGGGGUGGCGCCACCACUCUCACUGAGAACAUUCACCUGGUCGCGGUUACCAGAAUGGGGUCGCGCGUUACCAUCAUCGUCGGGGCGGCGUUUCUCGUCUUCUUCUCGCUCUUUGGCAAGGUGGGGGCACUAUUCGCCUCCAUGCCACCAGUCAUGGUGGGUGGGCUCCUCACCAUAAUGGCAGCCAUGGCAGCAUCGCUCGGCCUCUCCUCGCUGCGCUACGCCGAGAUGGGCUCCUCGCGCAACCUCCUCAUCACUGGAUUGGCGCUCUUCUUGUCUCUGUCGGUACCGGACUAUUUCAAGACGUAUACGGCUUCGACCGGUCAUGGGCCAAUCAACACGUCUAGCUCGGGGGUAAGUUCUUGGUCUGCACAUAGUGCUGUAGCUGGUGUAGCCGCUGUGGCCUUGGGCAGAGAUGGGCUCCUCGCGCAACCUCCUCAUCACUGGAUUGGCGCUCUUCUUGUCUCUGUCGAGAUGGGCUCCUCCCGCAACCUGCUCAUCACAGGCCUCGCGCUCUUCCUCUCUUCUAUUCUCCCCUCCCCUCCCUGCUGCUCGCAGCUCAACUUUGUGCUCAACUCACUCCUCGCCCUCCCCAUGGCCAUCGCCUUCAUGACUACUUUCUUCCUCGAUAACACUAUGCCGAGGACAGCAGGGCACGGCACAACGCAGCACCCGACUCAACUUUGUGCACAACUCGCUGCUCGCCCUCCCUAUGGCCAUCGCCUUCAUGCUGGCCUCCCCCCUCCUUGCAGCUCAAGUUUGUGCCCAAACGAUGCCUCUAUGUCUGCCCUUUCUCCCCUCCCCUCCCUCUGCUCCUCGCAGCUCAACUUUGUGCUCAACUCGCUGCUCGCCCUCCCCAUGGCCAUCGCCUUUAUGGUUGCUUUCUUCCUUGACAACACUGUGCCUGGCACGGCCACCGAACGAGGCCUCUACGUCUGGUCCGGACGUAAGGCGGCUCGGGCCGAUCCUCUCAUGCACGAGGACUAUGACCUGCCGUUCGGCUUGAGCAGAUUCUUCUCCUGGGUCUUCUGGCUGGGCGUGUGA